GUCAAUUCAUUGUUUUGCUUACUGUUGACCUCACACCGUGCGGUAAGAUUUAACAAGAGGAAAAGAAAUAGAGUUUAUAGGGAUUUAAAAAAAAUAAAAAUAAAAUUAUCAUUUGAAUACAUUAAAUUAGUAAUAAUAAUAGUUGGCUUAAUAGUUUUUACGACACGCUCGCAGACUUGAUCCUACUACUUACACGGCUACGGCCCCUACGACGUUUUUGAUUUUGAGCAACUAAACUUACUAAACUUCCUACAAACUUGCUAUUGACAAUAGUUAUUGAUUACUCAAAUUGAAUUGACUUGAAUUGGCUACCUAUGUCUCUUACUCAAAGUUACCGGUACUCUCUGAUCUUAUAUUCUGUUUUGGAGUCUUUGACUUCUGUCAUAGUCUCAGUUAGUGAGCAACUUCGUCUUUAAUCUUUAUGAUAUUUAUCAUAAUUUAUGUCUACUCUUCUUGACGCUAGUUUGGUCACUCAUUUCACUAUCUAAAUUCUAUGUUUUUGCACUCCAUUUUUUUCUUAACUACCGCCAUCUCAAUUGCCAUGAAGGCAGACGUGUCAUGGCCACAAAGAUGGCGACCGGCGACUGUGUUAAAAAAAGAAAAGUAGUGCAAAAACGUGUGCGAAAUGGGGAGGGGAAGGGAGAGAAUUUCAUUAGAAUAGUUUUUUAAAAGAGUUUUUUGAAAUGAUAUUUAAAAAAAUGUGAAUGUGAUUAAUAAUUGGAAGGAGUGGAAAAUUAAAACGUUAAAAAAUUAAUAGCAUGAAAUUUUAUUUAAUUUUUGUGUGGAAAAUGUACAACUAAUUCAACUAUCUGUAUGUAAUCAGACUACUAUAUGAGUAUCACUGACUGCUGCAUAAAUUUCACUUUUAAGCCUUCCCCCCAAAUUGAACAUAAAUAUGAACGUAACAACUUUAUUGCAUCCCUCUAGAUAUGCGACUAUACUUGACUUAAUGUCUAAGACCUGUGGCCAUGCUUUUUCCUAGCAUAAUUUCAUGCGCUACAUUAAUUUAGUGGCAAACAUAACAACCUUAUUGAAUCCCUCUAGAUAUGCGGCAAUAAGAGUCAUAUAAACAACCUGUGGUUGCUACCUUAAGCAUGUAUUUGUGUAAAUUCACCCCAAAUUUAUCUAGCAAAAACCAAAUUGCGAGUGGAUAAUGAACAAUUUUCCAACUUACUGCAGUCAUAGGGCUCUGGAACAGCAGUGAAAGUGAGCACAUUUCAAUGAUUUAACACUAUAAAAACACUUUAAUGUAAUUAUACAUCACUGUUUCGUGGCCUUUAAUUGAAGACGGUAAACAAGUUUGCUUUAAGUAAUUAUUUUCAUUUCUCUAUUCAUUAGGUUCAACUGACGAAGAAGAAAUGUCUGACAAGAAAAAAACAGUUGAGGUGGUAGUUUUUGAAAAUCCUCAAAAACGAAAAAAAAAAAUUGCUUCAGAACAAGAAAAGGUUUGGAUUAGGAUCAUAUGGUAGUCUCGUUUAACUGAAGGGUUGGCACUUUGAAUAAAUAAUUUGGCUUCAUUUUUGCAAUUUGACAAUCAGUCUCUUAAAAGAAUUUCCAUUACUGGCGUAUGCUCUUUUCAUUCUUUUUUAUACAGAAUUAAAUCAAGUGUUUCAAAUUAAUAGAUACCGGUAGAUGGAAUUUCUAAUAUUGUGUAAAAUACUUUGUAAAAAAUUAUAUUAUUAUCAUUAGAGUUCAUUACAGGUGAAUACUAAGUAGAAGCAGCUUGAGCUAUCUUUUUAUUUAUUAUUUAAAGAUCUACAAUGAUAUGUCACUGCUCAACAAAUAUUUCAAAACAGACAGUAAGAAAAAGAAAUGCUAAGAUAGGGGCGUGUUUUAAUUUUCGUAAUUCACGAUUUAACAAAUUAGAAAAUGUAUGGUUUUUAGAAAUACCUUGUUAUAAUAUCAAAAAUCAAUACUUUGCACUUUACUGUAUAUAUACAUCUCAAAAACUCUAUGACAGUCGGAUAACAAAUCAACAUCACAGCCUCCUGGAUUCAACCAAAAACAGGCCAAGUAUGACAUAAGGAAACUGGGAAUUUAUGGAAUGGAUAAAAAGAACAAGGAUAAAGCAAUGGUGGAUCUUUUAGUGGAACUCGGUGCAAAGGUUGGAGAAGGCCUAAACUUAUUUUCUGAAAGCUUUCUUUUUUGUGAUAUCCAUUUGUAAUCCCCUACUGAUAAUUUUUUAUUCUACUACUUACUAUUCUUGUUAAUGUUAACAUCCUUAUUGCAUUUUUUAGUACCACCAUGUUCACUGUAAUAACUGAUGUUAUGACCUAAUACAUUUGUUUAUAUUUAUGCGUUUCAUGAAUUGAAUAAUGUUAACACCCUUAUUGCACUCAAUAUAUCAUCUAAUUUUUUUCUGACUAUAAUUCCUAAUUUGUUUAUAUGUUUCAAUGUAGCCGCCAAAGAAUCGCUGCUAUCACAUUACAGAGUACCAGAAAAUGAUGAAGGUGAAGAAACAGGAGGAAGAGGCAAUGGCAGAACUGGAGAGGAAGGCUGGCAUAAAGAAAAAACAAGUGAAAGCUAACAGGUAAGCCGGGCGCUGAGACUCAAAAAUUUAGUUGACAUGUGUAAACAUUUCUUUGAUCUGUAUUUUCUGGUUCUGGUAAAACAAUGUAAAAAUCCUAGAACAAACUAAGUUGAUAUGAAAAUAAUUUUAAAGAUUCUAAAGACUUAAAAAAGACUUAAAAACUUAAAAAAUUUUUAAGAAUUUAAGUUGAGUAACCCAUGAAAAAAAGAAGAUUCUUUUUUUACAAUUGCAAUAUUUAUUCUCAAAGAUCACUAUAUGAACAAAUCAAUUCAAAGUCUUUUCAAUAUUAUCCCCCAUCCGCCCCCCGUAAUUUUUUUUGUGUUGCCAAUAUGUCAUAAAUAUUAAUUGAAAUUUUUUUAUUUUAAAAUCAAAUUAUUAACCAUCUCACUUUACCAAAAUUCAAUAAGGGAAAUUCCUUUCAAUACAGCUUGCGGUAGUAAUUAGACUACAAUAUGUUAAUGGGAAAUAAACAUUAGGCGCUUAAGCUAAAUGCAGGGGUGGUUAAUUCGCGACCUGCCACGUUUAAUAUUGAGGCCCGCCAGAUGUAUCAUAUAUGAACUAUUACUUCAUUCAAUUAGAGAUUAAUUUAAUUUUUAGGUUAUAGGUUAAAAAAAAAAUUGAAAUAAGUAAAUUAUAAAAUAUAAAAUUAUAAAUAAUUUUGCUAUUUAGUAACUACUAAAAUAAAAAGGAUUUAUGUAAACACAGCUAAGUAAGGGGAACCUAAUUUACAGAACCAUUUUGAUUCAGUUUAGAAUGAUGCAAAACUAUAUUCAGUUACAAACAAUAGUGCAUUCCUGCAUUUUGAAAUUUAUAAAAGAAAAUAAUGGGAAGGGUCUCAGCCUCCUCCCAAUCCCUACCCCUACUUUAGCUCAGGUGACUUCAACAGAUGUACUCAGUUUACAUUCCUCCACCACAUUCCUUGUAUAUCAAAGUGGCAAUUGACAGGCACAUUUUCAUUUUCAAUAAUGCACUGCAUGUGAACAUAUAAACAUCAGGCAUCUACUUUAAGAAGUGACCUUUAUUAGUCAAUCCAUUCCAAUAGUUAUUGUUUGCGUUACACUGUAUAUUUAUUUAUUUUUUACAAUAUGGUAUUUUUAGAUUUAGAGUUGGAUAAACUACUAUUCUGAGACUAUGUUGUACGGUACUGUUUUAGGAGUUCCAGUGUAACCAGGUCUGAUAACACUGUUUUCAUUUUAUUUAGGAAAAGAAACAAGGAUGAUCUGUUACCACAUUUAGAUGGUCAAGCUGGUUUCUACAAAGAUGGAGUUCAGUUUGUGAAAAAGCUUAAAAGAUGACCAGUUGGUGGGAAUGAAUAAACUUAGUUUUUUUUGCUGUCACACAUGACUUAAGUACAAGCUGUAAAAUGUUAUUUAAAAAACAUGUACAUUUUGUCUUAUACAUAAAUUGGCUUAGCCAAAGCUAAUGUGCAUUAUCUUGUAACUUCAUCCAAAUUCAAUAUUGAUAUCAUGAAAAUUGUGUACAUAAAAAUAUCUGCAUUUAUGUAAGGUAGUCCUCUUAAAUGUUGCUGCAUCUGUCAAAAUGUCUUGCAAAUACUUUGUUCCACAUCCCAGAAACUGGAUUCUAUUAAAACUGACUCUAAGACAGCCCCUAAAAAUUAGUUUAUUUUUAUUCUAAUUAUUGGGAUCUAAGUUCAGAUAAUAUAAGUGUGGACAUUUUGCAGAAUAAAUAAAAGGAUUUUGCCAGAUCAUAAAAAGUUUGAAAAAUAGUUUGAUCAACAGGUAUGUGGUGAAGGGACAUAACUGCUAGAGCCGUAAGAGUUAUACUUCCUAACAGAUUUUACAUUUUGUUUAAGCUUAGAGAUAUUUUCCAUAAAAAAAAAUUGAUAGAAUUCUUCUAGUUAUAAUUUUUUAAUUUUUCCAAAACAAGCCAAUGUUUUUAAAGCUUUUAGAUUGCAAUCUCCUGUAAUUCUGCGUUAGAAUUAGGAUUUAAUGUGGAUGGAAUAUUUUAUAUUAUUGUGUACAGGCCUUGGGCUGUGCCAUCUGAAUUCAUGUGUUCCUUUUAUUUAAUGGAUUGUUUGAUGGAUAUUAUGUCUAAAUAUGCAAUAUUACAGAUUGUUUAAAUAAAAACUGAUGUCAGACUUUGAGUAUAGACUAUACUUAAAAUGAGUAUUUGAUGGCAUUCUGAGAGGAUGGUGGGAGAAUGUUUGUUAAAAUAGUUUUUAAUAUAUUUUAGUAUAAAUUGAUCAUUUAAAGGGAAUUAAUUUUAUGCUUAUUUCAAUUUAUCAAAAUGUGAAAUAAAAAAUAGUUAAAAAAUAUACGUUAAAAUGUGAGAUUUUAUAAAAUGUUUUCUUACUGGGUGCCAGUG